AUGACGGCGCUGGUGCUUCUUCCCUCACCCCUGCUCUCUGCAGCCAGCCGUGACCUGGGCAGCCCUGGUGCCCCAAGAGGGCGGCUGUCUCGGAAGAAGGACAGUCCAAGCUGUAAGGUGACUUUCACGACAGCAUGCAGUGCUCACUGA